CUCUUCUCAUCUCACAAUACUUAUCUUCAUCUAAAAUCUCAAUCAUCCAUAUAUUAUUCUUUCUUUCCUCUUUGGAUUAUUGUAUAAUUUUACAAACACGAGCUUAGAUAUGUGGGUUGGAUGUUGGCCAGAGGGAAUGCAGAUGGAGAGGAUCCAAGCUGCACCUCUUAUUUCAUAUUGCAUACGUAAACAACGUCACAUUAUUAAACCCAGAUCCAAAUAUGCAGUAGCUGAUGAGGGCAAGAACAAGACCAAUGAUAUAGAAGAAGAAAGAUCUCAUGAUGAUUUUUGCAUCCAUUCCGAGUCAUUUAAGAAGCUCGUGGAGAUGGGUGUGCCGUGUAAUGAAUGCGUGGAAGAAAAGCUGCGCUGGUUGCGGUCUCAGAUUAUUGGUAACCAUCUGGACUUUUACUCUCCUCUUGGAAGAAGAAUACUUGUAUAUGCUGAUCACACCGCCUCCGCUCGCAGCCUCAACUACAACGAAAACUUCAUCUCCAAUCAUCUUCUUCCUUUCUAUGGUAACACUCACACGUGCGACAGUUACGUGGGAAGCAGGACAACAAAAAUGGUGCACGAAGCAAGGGAGUACAUUAAAAAGUGUUUAGGUGGUGGAGAAGAUGAUGCACUCAUAUUAUGUGGCUCGGGCACAACUGCAGCCAUCAAGAGGCUGCAAGAAGUGAUGGGAAUCGCUGUGCCAUCUGUUUUGAGGGAAAGGGUUUUGAAGAGCCUUGGCACAGAAGAAAGAUGGGUGGUUUUUGUUGGACCUCAUGAGCACCAUUCAAACCUCCUUUCUUGGAGGCAAAGCUUGGCUGAGGUGGUAGAGAUUGGUCUUGAUCAAAAAGGGUUGCUUGAUAUUGAUGCUCUAAAGCUACAACUUGAGGCCUAUAGAGAUACCAACCGACCCAUGUUGGGAUCUUUCUCUGCUUGUAGCAAUGUCACUGGAAUUUACUCAGACACACGAGCAAUUGCUCAGCUUCUUCAUAAGUACAAAGCCUUUGCAUGCUUUGAUUUUGCAGCCAGCGGUCCAUACGUGGAGAUUAAAAUGAGGUCGGGGCAGAGUGAUGGAUAUGAUGCUAUAUUUCUGAGUCCACAUAAGUUUCUUGGUGGCCCAGACUCUCCUGGAGUGCUCCUCAUGAACAAUGCACUCUACAAGUUAAGAUCUUCGCCGCCAUCAACUUGUGGAGGUGGAACUGUGAAUUACGUCAAUGGCUUCAACGAAAAGGAUACACUGUACUUGGAGAACAUAGAGGAAAGGGAAACUGGGGGCACCCCUCCUAUAAUCCAGACAGUGAGAGCAGCAUUGGCAUUUUGGGUGAAAGAGUACAUCGGCUACAAAGAGAUUGAGAAACGUGAACACAUGUACAUUAACAAAGCACUCAAGAGACUCAAAUCGAACCCAAACAUUGAGAUUCUUGGCAACUUAAGCACUAAAAGACAAGCAAUAUUGUCAUUUGUCAUUUAUCCCACCACCAAUAAUUCGUUAUCAGAUGGUUGGGGCAUUAAAUGGCUAGAUGAUAGUAGUAUCAAGAAACAGGACAAUCAAAGAGAACUUAAUUUAUGGGCAGAGACAGGGAGCAAAAGAGGUAAGCUACUUCACGGCCCUUUUGUGGCAACACUUCUAAGUGACCUCUUCGGCAUCCAAGCUCGUGGUGGGUGUGCUUGUGCUGGACCUUAUGGCCACCAAUUGCUCGAUAUCAAUGAAUCUCAAUCGCUUGCUAUUAGAUCAGCAAUUCAAGAGGGUUAUGUUGGAGUAAAACCCGGAUGGACUAGGGUUAGUUUUCCUUAUUACAUGGAGGAGGAGGAAUUUGAGUUCAUUUUAACAGCAAUAGAGUUUGCAGCAAUCUAUGGCCAACGGUUCCUUCCCCUGUAUAGCUUCAAUUUGAGAAACGGAAGUUGGAGAAUGAAGACAGAAAAACUUGAGACUUUGAUCAAGGAAAAGAAUUGCAACUUUCAAAAAACUCCAGAGGAAACAAACAAUGAUUUGAAAGCACUCAAAACAGGCAAUGAAUAUAAUAUUGGAGUUAAACAAGUUAGUAUGUUAAGGAAAUCAUACUUAGAUAUAGCAAAAUAUAUAGCUAGUCUUCUCCCCAAGUUCCCUUCUGAAGACAUACUCCAUGAAGAUGUAAAUCCCAGUAUCCUCUACUUUAGAGUUUAAUCACAACCAUAAUUUGUUCAUCUAUAUUACAAGCAUCAUUUGCUAAUCUACAUAUCUUAUUCUAA